CCUUCCACCUUCCAUAAUCUCAGUCUCCGCCUUUCUCCUCCCCACAAACCCUAAAUCUUGCAGGCACUAAAUUUGCUAAUGGCUUCCAACACUUUGAUGAGCUGUGGCAUCGCCACUGCUGCCUUCCCUUCAGUCCUCUCAUCCUCCAAGUCUAAAUUUGCGACCAGCGCAGUCCAGCUCCCAGGUAUUGGUGCCAAUGCCCCCUCCAGGUUCUCCAUGUCCGCCGAGUGGAUGCCCGGCGAGCCCCGCCCUCCUUACCUCGACGGCUCCGCCCCCGGUGACUUUGGAUUUGACCCACUUCGGCUAGGAGAAGUGCCCGAGAACUUGGAGAGGUUCAAGGAGUCCGAGCUCAUUCACUGCAGAUGGGCAAUGCUUGCUGUUCCAGGGAUUCUAGUACCAGAGGCUUUGGGAUUGGGCAACUGGGUAAAAGCACAGGAGUGGGCUGCCGUUCCAGGAGGCCAAGCCACCUACUUAGGCAAUCCAGUUCCAUGGGGCACUUUGCCUACAAUUUUGGUCAUCGAAUUCCUUUCCAUUGCCUUUGUAGAACACCAACGCAGCAUGGAGAAGGACCCUGAGAAGAAGAAGUACCCUGGUGGCGCUUUUGACCCCUUGGGCUACUCCAAGGACCCCAAGAAGUUCGAGGAAUACAAGGUCAAAGAGGUCAAAAAUGGCCGGCUUGCGUUGUUGGCUUUCGUCGGGUUUGUUGUUCAGCAAUCGGCGUACCCUGGCACCGGACCGUUGGAGAACUUGGCUACUCACUUGGCUGAUCCAUGGCACAACAACAUUGGGGAUGUCAUCAUCCCCAAAGGGAUUUUUCCUUGAAUAAUUCGUGCAGUAUUGAUUUCACACCCACUGUAAAGUUUAAAAUUCCAUGUAACCAUCUUCGAUGAAUCCGAACUUCUUGUCAUGUGUGAGUGAGUUUAAAAGCAAACAUUUACCAUCACCUUCAUAUUUUAGUAUUGAUAAAGAACUGUACUUAAAGAUCAUGCUUGAAUAUAUCAGUUAGUUCUUCUCAAUUA